GACAUGUUCUGCGAUCUCAAGCAGAUGAUCCAGGUAUGUCUACUUUUAGAGCAGGAAGAAGCCGCCGAGGAUGGAGAUGAAACGGAAGAAGAGCAAAUCAAGGCUGCUCGGAAGAAGAUUCUGGAUGACUGUGAUGAACUUACGCGUGCGCGGUACAAGCGGACGUUCGAAUACGUCAUGGGACACGCUCCUUAUCUCGAGACUCUGAUUGGCCGGAGGAAAAAACGCGAGGAGCUCACGCAACUCAUCGGCGAGAUGCAAAAUAUGAUAAAUCAUACGCGCUCUGAGGAUGCAAGUCGCCUCAGGUCACGCAUGGGCUCAUACGCAGCCCCAAACCCCGACAAAGACGUUGUCCGCCCUCCAAUCACUGACAACAGCAAGAGUCGUGCCCAAAUGGGAUUCAACCACGUCCAGCUGGGCAAAAUGCUUUGUCCGGCUAAAUAUCUGACCGACUACAUCAAGGAUCCG